CUAAAAGUUAUGCGCGCGAUUUCAGUGCGCGGUCCUCUCUCUACUUCAGGCGAAAUUUGGCAUUGAAUGAGGAAAUGCAAAUGGCAUUUGCGAUUGCUUUCGCAGGGACGAUCCUGUGGUCGUGUGCUUCUCUCUAGGUUUCCGAUUGCUUAUCAUCUGAUCAGAAAUACAAGCCGUACUAGCAGCUACAAAAUGUUUCUUCAUACAGAGUAUGUGCAAAUGGACUUCUUAAUUUUCUAAACUUGUGAAUCGUACCGACAAGCCCCCUCAGGUGGAAAAUGAGUCCUACCAUCAACUUUUGUAGUUUAGGGGCAGGUCAUGUCAGGUGGGACUCCCCAUAACCUUGCCAUGCUUUGAAUCCGCCGUGGGUCAUAGGCUGUCGAUCAUACUGCCGUGUAUGGCAGAUCAAUAAUAGUAUAAUUCAAGUGGUGCAAAAAGGUUCCCACCCUCGGUCACUUUUUGGGACUACAAAUUCACACCCCCAUCCCUCACUAAUCCCUCAUGUUCUGCCUCCUCCUCCUCCUUCCUCUCCCUCCUCUUCCUCUUCCUCUUCCUCCUCCACCACCACCACCACCACCAGAAACUGUGCACAUACAAAGCAAGAACAUCUUCAUUGUAACUCCUCUGUUUAUACUCUGUUUUUCCCUCUCUAGCUAUGGCCACAAUUGUAUGCCAAGGUUUACAGUCUUGCCAUGAGUCUCAGCUUGUAGAAUCUAAAACAUUGAGACAAACCAUCUUCACCAAAACCCACUUCCCUCAACCUCUUGAACUGGCGUUCAAAUCCUGUUUCCUAGACUACAACACCAAAGAAGUUGGACAGAAAUUUCAAACAGCAACUCCUGACUAUGGUGGAUGGAGCUUCAUUAAAAUUUUCUCUGAAUCCUCUAAACACUUGGAAGAAGCGACACAGAAAGAUCUACAAUAUGUCCCUCCUCAGAUUAAGCGUACACUUAGUGAGAAGAGCUUGGAACUGUGUACUGAAAAUUUAGGCAGUGAGACUGGCACAGAUACAACUGAAGACUGCAUUUUCCCAAUGUCUUCAGCAGACUCACAAGCUGGAUAUUCUACUACAAGGGAGCAACAAAAACCUCGUCAACCUUGGAGUUCUAUGAAGGGAAAGUCUUGUAGCUUUCCACCUCCCUUGACAACGAUUAGAGGGUCAGAAUCUCUCCAAGUUAGGCCCCACAGAGAAGAUGGACGGUUGAUAAUCGAAGCCAUCAAAGCCCCUCCAACACACACUUACUUUCAGGCUGAAAGAAGCCAUGGCCGCCUUAGACUAACCUUAUUCAAAGAUUCUUCUUCUAGUUUUGACUACUCUAAUGAUGCAGACAGUGAAGAAAAUGAAGAAGAGUUUGAAAAUGACAACGAUAAUGAAUCAGUAGCAGAGGAUGAUGGUGUUGAGGAGGAGGAGAUGGAUGGAAAUAAAAUCAAUGUUGGGGAUGAAUUGGGAAUUGAAAAGAUUAAUCAAAGGCCAAGUAGGUGCAAAGAAGGUGAACAAGAGAAGAAUGGAUUGUUAAAUUGGGAGCCUUGCUGGGUGGCCUCAUCUUAACGUUUUGUUUUGGAUUUCUCUUAAUUUCCUUUUUUUUUUGGCCUAAUCAACUACCGUCUUUUGUCCUCUUUCUCUUAUGAGUUCCCAUGCUUUGGAAAAGAAAAAAAAAAUGCUUGUGUUGGUUAGUUAUUAUGGUUCAUUUGAAGAUGCU